UCCAGAUUGCAGGAUUCCAAGACUCCAGAUUCCAGGAUUCCAAGAGUUCGGACUCCAGACCCAUGUUUUACAACUUACCAUAGUGAAUUAGCGAUGACGGCUCUCAUAAUAUGACGGUAUUGUUAUGAUUGAGCGUUAAUACAAGAACAGUCAUCAAGUUGUCAAGUUUACACCUUUUCAAAUUUUCGAAGCUUGUUUACGACCUCAAAUAUAAAUUAGGCUCGAGAAUAAGGAGUUUGAAAGUGUUUGAAUACCUGCUGUGGCGGUAAUUGAUCGUUUCAGAGACAUCAAACAUGGAAAAUGUAAGAUUCGUUUCAAAAGAAGAUAUUGAAAUGGCAACAAACGUACUGCCAGAAAGAAAGCCACGAGAGAAAUUGACUGUCAUAGGUACAGGAGACUUUGGUCGUGCACUAACAAAACGACUCUCAACGGCUGGUUAUCACGUCGUUAUGGGAAGUCGAAAUCCUGAGAAAUGUCGAGGGUUGUUGCAUCUUUUACCGUUUAAUAUUGUAUCCUUGAACGAUGCUUUGGAACACUCUGACAUCAUUUUUCUUGCCAUUCCUUUACAUGGAUAUGACAGUUUAUUGACAUCAUUGGGGAGCCAACUAAAUGGAAAGAUUGUUGUUGACGUAAGCAAUCGUACCCAGACCUCUUUCAAAGAGCUAUCUAAUGCUGAGUACUUAUCAAGUCUACUACCUAAAGCUCACGUUGUGAAAGGCUUCAAUGUGAUAUCUGCAUGGGCACUGGAACAAGAUAUUUAUGGUGGAAGUCGGACUGUUUACAUUUGCGGAGAUAAUGCUGAAGCAAAAGAAAAGAUUAUGCAAAUAUCUCGAAGAAUGCACUUUACACCCCUUGAUCAAGGCUCACUUAAGGUCUCCCAAGCUAUCGAGAAAAAGCCAAUGGAGCUAUUUCCUAGUUGGCGUCCAGCAAUGGUUAUUUUUGGAUUUUUGUACUUCGUUAUGUGGUUUUUCUUCAUUCUUAUGUAUCUAAUUCGAAAGGUUCCGUUUACCAAUUUUCCUCUGAGAGAGAUCAGUAUUAUUAAUGCAUUCACUGUAGUUGGACUUUUGGAUAUGGUUUAUCUCCCAGGAUGCAUUGCCGCCAUUCUACAUUUGGUAUACGGUACCAAAUAUCGUCGUUUUCCAAAGUGGCUUGACAUUUGGAUGAAAUCUCGUAAACAACUUGGCUUGCUGGCAUUGUUACUGGCUGCAAUGCAUGCUUGUAUGUCAACACUUUAUUGGGGUCCUGAAUAUAUAUCUCGUCUUUAUCAAGAUAAAUCUAUUCACAUCAACAACGUAACAAUUUCCCUUUAUGGAAGAAUGACUGCACAAGGAGAAGCUUUCUUGACCCUUGGAGUCCUGGGACUGUCAGCGUUGUCUAUUUUGGGUAUCACGUCACUUCCUACUGUCCUCAAUCGCAUGAGUUGGAGAGAGUGGAAUUUUGUUCAAUCUGGUCUGGGUUACUUUUCUUUGAUAUUUUCUCUUCUUCAUUUUACAGUGUACUACUACAAAACAUAUCAUGCAUGGGAAGCUGAGGUGUUUUAUUAUCCAACUGUGUGGGUUGUAAUCAUCGGCUUUGUCACUGUCAUAUUGAAGAUUAUUCUGCUCAUUCCAUGUUUGAAUAGUCGGGUGAAGAAAGUCCGCUCGGGAUGGGCUUACAAAACGUUACACGAAGCAAUAAUAUAGAACUUACUUAAUGCGAGAAUAGUGAAAGAAUAGUUGCAUGUUAUGCAAUUGUCGAGCGUUAAAUUCAUCAUAUGAUCAUUUGAUAGAAACUGUUAGCAAUAAACAUUGAUUAAAUUUCAAACAUUAUAGCACGUAAAUUGUCGAAAUAAUGAGAUGUUUUAUUAUAUGAGAAGCGUCACUACCUGUUAAA